AGGAGACCGAGAAAACCGACAGGGGGAGCUGCGCUCAGCGUCACAGGGGAGACGGGCCAAGACUGUAGAGACCACGAUCCCCGACAGGGGGAGCUACGCUGGGCAUUGCUGGGCGACCGACACCCACAUGACCGUUUUUAACCGUGCAUCUUCAUCUUAACUUGAAGCGGAAAACCGCCAUUAACGAAUUAGAAUCAGAAUUGAAUUAGACAGGUACAGUCGUAAUGGUUAGGUUUUUAUGGUUAAGCUUUAUCGGUAAUCGGAUUGCCCGCUGCUUUAUGUUUCGCUAAAAUUAACGCAAAAGAGAUAGUGGGAAGCCUAGGGAACGAUGACCUCAAGGAGUAACAAGUCAAAAACCACUUUUUACCAUAUGUUUUACUGCCAAAAAUGUGGGACCAGAUGUCCCAUUAAUACAGAGAGGUGCCGGAACUGUAAGAUAACUAUUUUAAAGCCUCAAAAAACAAUGUGCCAGUCAGCCUGCACGGAGGAGCUGGAUCUCUUUAAUGCCAACAGGCACAGAUUGGGUGUCCCUGGUGACUUCAGAAGAGGACAGGUCUAUGAGGACCAGUUGGAGGACCAUGUGAGUGACCUGCAGGAUGGUUUCGAGUCAGCCUGCAGCAGCAUUCAUGUUGCAGAAGCUCCCACUUUGCAGCGAGGAGCACUAGGAUCUCAGCAGAUACAUCAGCAGAAAAAUGAGAAGUUUCACAUUAAGAGUACCUCAGUUUACAAAGACCUUGCUGUCCAGACAAACUUGUCCUUUGAUUUGGAGCUGGAGGUGUGUGCUGAGAAGCACCACAGUGUGUCGCAUGAGAAAACUGCAGAGGUAAUUGGGCUGGAGUUGGAGAGCCUUCCAGAAUCUUGCAGUUCCAACAGCACAGGAUUUGACUGCAUAUCCAAGUCUGAACAAGUAAUGGCACUAGGUAGUGAGUUUCUGGAUGUUGCAUUGGCGGAGAAUAGUUGUUUUUGUACUCCUGCGGGUGUUUCAGAUGAAAAUGAUUCUGCGUUCUGUACAAAGAGUGAUCUUUUGGAUAGAGGAGAUGAUUGGAGUUGUCACCAAAGCAGCUUUGAGUAUCACAGUGUAUGUGAAGAGGAUCCCACUCUUCAGGGAUUGAGUGCUACAAUGUUUCAUCCAUGUGGACUUGUCAGAAAAGGUGAUCGUAAAGACAACAUUCAUACACUAAUGCAAGAUCAAGACAAGUUGCAGCAGUCAAGCUGCUCACAUGAAGAGGAGAGUGAUCUACGUAAGAACUGUACAGAAAAACCCAACCCAUCUAUAUGUGAAGAUUCUUUUCUAUCUGCACUGGAAGAGGAGGGCAGCAGUGAACUCAUUUCAUGUGAGCGAUGUCUGGCUUUGUGCGCCAGGGUCACAGAGAGUCAGUCAGGGGAUGCUGGUCAGGAUUUCACUGUCAGCUUCAUGGUGAGCAGGUCCACCAGCACGGAACCCAAAGGUACACAGUGUGAUAUUGCUCUCAAUACAGACCCCUUCUUACUUGGCUCCAAACGAGACCAGGACAUCCAGAAGCUGCCAGUCCCCACAGCUGAGAAGUUUGUAAACACUGAUGUCUACAUGAAAGAUCUAGAUUACAUCACAGAGGAAUUUAACAAAUUAAGACUGGCACAAGCAGAACUGAAGCAACUGAAAGAGAAUUUAGCAAGCCCUGCUUGGGAUGAGCAUCGUUUGUGCUGUGGCGCUGCCCAGAGAGCACUGCAUGCUGAGCUGCGCCUCUUGGCUCUACAGCAUGCAAUGUGCCAGCAACACUGCUGGAGGCGCUAUUGCACUUCGCCUGAAGGCAGCCUCCUCCUGCUGGGGAAAAGAGAAAUCCCAGAGAGCUUGAUGCAAGUUCUCCAGAAUCUAGAAAAUGACUACCAAGAAAUGAGGAGGAAGGUCCUUUCUGGCGUGCCUCUGGACCAGCUCCGCCCCCUGUCUGUGGACUGCCGGAGGAUCGCCUCUAAGGGGCGCUACAUCCCAGCAGAGAUAGCCAAGAUUGUGUUAGAAGACAGACAGGGCAGCGUUCAGUCGCAGAAUUCCCAGCUGACUGUACACAGUGACUCCUGCACAGGCAGAAGGGACACUCCAGCCCUCCAGCAGCAAGUUCCAAAGGAAAGGCCAGCAGAAAUAAAUACAGAGCCAGGUAAUAACCAGUUUGAAGGGUCGACUGCAUGCAUUGUGCAGGGUGGGGUCACACAUGGACCCCCUCUAGAGGCUUGGUACGAUGCAGAAGAGGACCUUGAAAGCAUCAGGAUGGAGGCUCACCAAAAAGUGGAUGACGGUGAUCUUAAGAUCCCCGAAGAAGAUACGAUGGGAUGUUGUGAUAAGACGGAAACUGAUGAGGAUGUCCUCCUGUAUGUCUCGGAACUCCCUAGUAAUGUAACUGAGGAGGACGUGACAGUCUGGUUUAGAAAGUAUCAGGUAUCUAAUGUCCAGAUGGCACCGUUCAGGAGCAAACUGAGGGCGGCCGUUGUGACAGUUGGUUGUCUCAGGAGUGCCAACAGAGCGAUCAAGGACCUGAACGGUCACACCAUCCAGGGGUACACAAUCAAGGUGGACCACCUAGGCACAAUGCUUUCAGCUGCAUCAGUCCACAAGGGGCAGUUCUCCAAGUCACAUUCCUGCCAGAAUGACAAAGUGAGGUCUGUCUGUAACACACAGGCCUCAAAGGAUAGAGUACCUAUCACCAAGCAUGUCCAGUGUGGUUUGGAGAAGCUGAUGAAUAUCAAGGAAUCAGCCACGUCUCCAGAAACACUCACGCAUCAGCAGCGCACCACCACGAGCAGCUUCGACACCAUAAUGGCCAAACUUUCGGAGCGACACCCUGAAGCGAGCCGGCAAAGAAUCGUGGACAGCCUACUAGAGCUACAAGCGAAUCACCAGGGCUUCCUCAGUGGCCUACCCUUAAAGGCUGUCGUGGAGAUGACAUCAGCUCUUCUAAAGCACCCUCCUCUGGCCAUCAAAGAAAGGUUCCAAAAAGAAGACGCCAAUAACAUAAAUGGAAAUUAAAAUACAAAGCAUUUUUAAUGCUUAUUGUAUUUUGGUGUAUUGUUAAUUAUAAUACUGUUCUUAAAGCCAGAGUUUAAAUGUUUAGGAUUAAUCUUUUGCAUUUAUUUAAUAAGCCACAACUGUUGAUUUUAGUACUAUCUGUAUCUUUUUUUCUUGUUUUGUCACAUUAAAAUAAGGUCUGGAAAACUGGAUUAGUUUAUAUAGAUGACAAGGUUUCUGGUUUUGUUAAGGUACUGAAAAUGUUACAUGUUGAAUAAGAAAAAGCUGUAAACGUUUUUCAAUAAAAGUCAAAAUCUGUACA